AGUGUGGUAGAUUACCAACGGUUUAACAAGACAUCCAUAGAUUAUGGCUCUCUUUUGUGUCUGUUUCACUUUCAGUCUUCUGUGACAACAUAAAAAUGAACAUUCAAAGAUCAUCCUCACCGUCUUCCUCUGAUGGGAGAACCAAAGUCCCAAAAGGCUACACGCUGGCGAAAAACCUGGGACAUGGAAGCUAUGGAACAGUGCUGGAAUGUGUGGAAGACAGCACUGAAGAGCACGUGGCUAUAAAGAUGCCCGAAAAGAACAAUCUAGACCGUGAGGCGGAAAUCUUGGAAAAGCUCAUGAGCCACAACUCGGACGAGUCCAACAUCAUCAAGUACAAGGGAGAAGUCUUUGUAAAAAGUACGCGGCUCCUGGUGUUGGAAAAACUGGACAUCACCCUGUGGGACUAUGUACAUGGAUUAAGAGGACCAAUGCAACUGGAACACGUCCGUACAGUCAUUCAACAGCUGGCCGUGGCUUUGAAUACGACCAAGAGUGCUGGCAUAAUCCACACUGAUGUGAAAAUGGAUAACAUCAUGAUGGUGGAUCGUGUGAAGCAGCCCUUCAAGGUCAAACUUAUUGACUUUGGUUUGGCCAAGUACAGGUCUGAGGCCAAAGCAGGAGAUCUAGUCCAAAUACUUAGAUAUAGAGCUCCAGAAAUCAUCCUGGGCCUGCCGUAUUCAGAGGCCAUCGACGUUUGGUCGUUAGGCUGCGUGAUGGCCAGGAUGGUGGCUCGUAUUGCUCUCUUCGGAACACACUCAGAAUACUGGAUACUCCGACAAAUGAUCAGUCUGCUGGGUCCGCCACCGCAACACCUCAUCGAAGCUGGUCCGAGAUCACGAUUGUUUUUUAAGAAAAUAAGUGGUGGUGUGUGGCGGCUGAAGACACCAGGAGAGCAUUUUGGGAUCUUGGCCAUGUACGCCAUCCCCACACAUCACAGGUUCGGCUCUCUGGAUGAAAUGAAGAGGGUGUAUUCUGAGCCGGACAACCCAGCAGAGGCUGAUGAGAGGAGGGAGUGUAUCGAGCUGUUGAAGGCGAUGGUUCAGUGGGAUGAGAAGGACAGAAUCACCCCCACUGGUAUCCUCAACCAUCCUUUUAUCACUAAAAGCUACCUCAACAGCAGCUCCCCCAUCAGCAGUUGGUAA